AGCAUUAAUUGUUAAAGCGGCUUCGUGAGUGAAUUCUGACGUACUGAAUUUGUAGUGCUGAAUUUUUAUAAAUUAAUCUAGUUUUUUGUGAAUUAAUUACUUGAAAUUUGUGAAUAAUCGUGAAAAUGGCAUCUGAAGAUGAGAAUGACGAUACUUUUCAAGAAGAAGAAGAAGCACUCGAUGAGUCUGCACAAGUAGCUGAAUUAUCAAAUGAUUCCGAUGCACCAUUGAAACCGAACAAUGAUGAAGACGAUGAUUAUGAUCCCGAUGAUAGUCGCAAAAAGAAGAAGGGCAAGAAACGUAAAACCAAAAAGGGUGAAGAGAAAGGUCGCAAGAAGAAGAAGCGUAGGAAGAAUGACAGCGACGAUGAUAGUGAUUUUAUGCAACAUGACGAAGAUGUCGACUAUGGUAGUACAACGAAGCGUGGCCGCAAGCGCAAGGAGGCUGAGAAGGCUACAACAAAAGAGAAGGAAUCUACUUCAUCGGGCAUGCCAUCUGUCGAGGACGUUUGCUCUGCCUUCAAUGUCACCGAUGUUGAAAUUGAUUACACCGAAACAGAUAUGCAAAAUUUAAUAUCGUACAAAUCAUUUACACAACAUGUUCGUCCUAUAUUGCAAAAGGAAAAUCCCAAAAUACCAGCGCCCAAGCUAAUGAUGUUAGUUGCCGCCAAGUGGCGUGAAUUUUGCGAAGUAAAUCCGAAUUUACAAUCGGAGCAGGGGCGCAGUACAGGUGGCGAGGAGGCUGAGGAGCCACGUUCAUCGCGGUCUUCACGCAAUGAGAAGCCUGAUGAUAUUUAUGAGGAAGAAGAAGAGGACGAAGACGAGGAAGAGGAAAAGGAAACUUCACGUUCGCGCCGCAAGCGUGGCGGUCGUUCGAGCAGCAAAAAAGGUCGACGUUCCGGCAAAGUACCAACAUUGAAAAUUAAGUUUGGCAAACGUAAACGUGGUAGUUCCGAUGAGGAUCAGGAUGCUAGCGGCGCUUCAGAGCGUGAUUCUGAUUUGGAAUUCGAGAAAAUGCUACAAAAAUCCGAUGAUAGUGCCGAUGAGAGAGAAUCUGCUGCUCCUGCCGAUAAAGUAGAAGCAACUACCGAGGACGCUGCACCAGUUGUGCGCAAGAAAGCCAAAACUAAGAUAGGUAAUAAGUUUAAGAAGAAGAAGAAGCUAAAGACCACCAGCCGUUUUCCUGAUGGCGAGGAGGGUGAGCACGAACACCAAGAUUACUGUGAAGUUUGCCAGCAGGGUGGCGAAAUUAUACUUUGCGAUACAUGUCCGCGCGCUUAUCAUUUGGUUUGCUUGGAACCCGAAUUGGAUGAAGCACCCGAGGGUAAAUGGUCGUGCCCGCAUUGUGAGGCUGAUGGUGGCGCUGCCGAAGAGGAAGACGACGAUGAGCAUCAGGAAUUUUGUCGCGUAUGCAAGGAUGGCGGUGAACUGCUGUGCUGUGAUUCGUGUCCCUCAGCCUACCACACUUUCUGUCUCAAUCCACCCUUAGACACCAUACCAGAUGGCGAUUGGAAAUGUCCACGUUGCAGUUGUCCGCCACUCUCGGGCAAGGCUGAGAAAAUUAUCACAUGGCGUUGGGUUGAAUCGAAUGAGCCUUCAACUUCGAAAAAGCCGAAGGCGCGCAUGCGCGAAUACUUUGUAAAAUGGCACAACAUGUCCUAUUGGCAUUGCGAAUGGGUAUCCGAAGUGCAAAUGGAUGUGCACCACCCGCUUAUGAUACGUUCAUUCCAACGUAAAUACGAUAUGGAGGAGCCGCCAAAGUUCGAAGAGUCACUGGACGAGGCAGAUUCGCGUUAUCAACGUAUUCAGCGUCACAAGGCCAAGGGCGGCAUACAGGUCGAGGAUGAGAAUGAAGAGUACAAGAAGGACCUGGAAGACCGCUUCUACCGCAAUGGUGUAAAGCCAGAGUGGCUGAUUGUGCAGCGCGUUAUUAAUCACCGCACAGCACGCGAUGGCACCACGAUGUAUUUGGUGAAGUGGCGCGAUUUGCCUUACGACAAGUCGACGUGGGAGGAUGAAACCGAUGAUAUACCUGGGCUGAAGCAAGCCAUUGAUUACUAUCAGGACUUACGUGCGGCCUGCACUUCAGAGUCGACAACAUCCCGCGUCGGCAAAAAGGGUAAAAAGGGGCGCAGAUCAAAGGUAAAGGAAAUUGAGGAUGAAGAUCGCGGUCAGCGACGCUAUACGCCACCACCAGAUAAACCAACUACCGACUUGAAGAAAAAAUACGAAGGCCAACCACAAUUCUUGGAUGAAACUGGGAUGCAGCUGCAUCCAUACCAGAUCGAAGGCAUCAACUGGUUGCGUUACUCUUGGGGUCAAGGCAUCGAUACCAUAUUGGCCGAUGAGAUGGGUCUUGGAAAGACCAUACAAACGGUCACUUUCUUAUAUUCGCUGUAUAAAGAGGGUCACUGCAAAGGUCCCUUCCUGGUUGCUGUACCACUCUCCACCAUCAUUAAUUGGGAGCGUGAAUUCGAGUUGUGGGCACCAGAUUUUUAUUGUAUAACGUAUGUGGGCGACAAGGAUUCGCGUGCAGUUAUACGCGAAAAUGAGUUAUCCUUCGAAGAGGGCGCCAUACGUGGCGGCAAAGCUUCGCGCCUGCGCACCACGCAAUUCAAAUUUAACGUACUGCUGACCAGCUACGAACUAAUUUCCAUGGACGCGGCUUGCUUGGGCUCCAUUGACUGGGCGGUGCUGGUCGUGGAUGAGGCGCAUCGCUUAAAGAGUAAUCAAAGCAAAUUCUUCCGCAUAUUGAAUAGCUACAACAUCGCUUACAGAAUGCUGCUGACCGGUACACCAUUGCAAAAUAAUUUGGAGGAAUUGUUCCAUCUGCUGAACUUCCUUAGUCGAGACAAAUUUAGCGACUUGAAUGCUUUCCAGAAUGAAUUUGCCGAUGUGUCGAAAGAGGAACAGGUUAAGCGUUUGCACGAAAUGCUCGGACCACACAUGCUGCGUCGUCUCAAAGCCGAUGUGCUAAAGAAUAUGCCCUCGAAAUCGGAAUUCAUUGUACGUGUGGAACUUUCGGCUAUGCAGAAGAAGUUCUACAAAUUCAUUUUAACCAAAAACUACGAGGCACUAAACUCGAAGAGCGGUGGCAAUUCCUGCUCGCUGAUCAACGUCAUGAUGGAUCUGAAGAAAUGCUGCAACCAUCCCUACUUAUUCCCCUCGGCCGCUGAGGAGGCGCCCACCACUUUGGGUGGCAUGUACGAGAUAAAUGCGCUAACCAAGGCCGCGGGCAAGUUGGUUUUACUCUGUAAGAUGCUGAAGCAGCUGAAAGAGCAAGGACAUCGUGUGCUAAUCUUUUCGCAGAUGACCAAGAUGUUAGACAUACUCGAAGAUUUCCUCGAAGGCGAGGGUUACAAGUAUGAGCGCAUUGAUGGUGGUAUUACAGGCAGCUUGCGUCAGGAGGCUAUCGAUCGUUUCAAUGCGCCCGGCGCACAACAAUUCGUUUUCUUGCUCAGUACACGCGCCGGUGGUUUGGGUAUUAACUUGGCUACAGCUGACACGGUCAUCAUUUAUGACUCAGAUUGGAAUCCACACAACGACAUUCAGGCAUUUUCACGCGCUCAUCGUAUUGGCCAGGCGAACAAAGUUAUGAUAUAUCGGUUUGUGACGCGUAACUCAGUGGAGGAGCGUGUUACACAGGUGGCCAAGCGUAAGAUGAUGUUGACCCACUUGGUGGUGCGACCUGGCAUGGGCGGUAAAGGCGCGAACUUCACUAAGCAAGAAUUGGAUGAUAUUCUACGUUUCGGUACGGAGGAGCUGUUCAAAGAAGAUGGCGAUAAGGAAGAGGCAAUUCAUUACGAUGACAGGGCUGUGGCUGAGUUGCUUGAUCGCUCGAAUCGUGGUAUUGAAGAGAAGGAGUCGUGGGCUAAUGAGUAUUUGUCGUCAUUUAAGGUGGCCUCGUAUGCCACCAAAGAAGAGGAUGAGGAAGAGGAGACGGAAAUCAUUAAACAGGAAGCCGAAAACUCCGAUCCGGCAUAUUGGGUAAAGCUGUUGCGCCACCACUACGAGCAGCAUCAAGAAGAUGUCAGCCGCACACUCGGCAAAGGUAAGCGUGUGCGCAAGCAGGUCAACUAUACCGAUGGUGGCGUUGUGCCAGCGGAUACAACACGCGACGAUGGCAAUUGGCAAGAUAAUACUUCCGAAUACAAUUCCGAUUAUUCGGCCGGCUCAGAAGAGGAUGGCGGCGAUGACGAUUUCGAUGAGCAGAAUGGCGCUGUAGACGGCCGCAAAGCCAAGCGUCGCGUGGAACGCCGCGACGACCGUCCAUUGCCGCCCUUGUUGGCACGUGUCGGCGGCAACAUUGAAGUGCUGGGUUUCAAUGCGCGUCAACGAAAGAGUUUCUUAAACGCAAUUAUGCGCUUUGGCAUGCCGCCACAGGAUGCAUUCAACUCACAGUGGCUGGUGCGAGAUUUGCGCGGAAAAUCCGAGCGCAACUUCAAGGCUUAUGUGUCGCUCUUUAUGCGUCAUCUAUGCGAGCCGGGCGCAGAUAACGCUGAGGCGUUUGCUGAUGGCGUGCCGCGUGAAGGUUUAUCACGUCAACAUGUGUUGACACGCAUUGGCGUCAUGUCGUUGAUACGCAAGAAAGUGCAGGAAUUUGAACACAUCAACGGCUACUACAGCAUGCCCGAGCUAAUACUGAAGCCGUGUGAGCCUGUGCGCGGUCAAAUCAGUGGCCUGCCGAAGCUGAUUGAUGGGCAGCCAGUUGCAGCGGGUGGAGAGGCUGAAGGUGCAAAGCUAACUGAAGACAAGAGCGCUACGACGAGCACUAGCGCCACACCGGCUACGAGUGCUGCGCCAAGCCCCGCACCAGCAUCGGAAAAGGGCGAAGACAAGGCGGCGAGUGAUGAUAUUAAAAAAGAAAACGAGUCCGGCAAUGCUUUAAGUGGCGAUGCUAACGAGCAGAAAUCUGAAUUGAGUAGUGAGACAAAAGAUGAACAGAAGGUUGAGGUCUCGUCAUCGAGCGGUGAUGUGAAAAGCGAGAAGAGCGAAGAAAAAGAUAAAACUGAUGGCGAGCUUGGAAAAGAUGUCAAAAUGGAGACCACCGAAGGUGGCGGCAGUGAAUUAAAGAAGGAAGACGACGGCGACGGUGGCUCAUCUAAAGACGCUAAAGACUCCAAGAAAGAUGCAACCAAUGCCGUAAAGGACGAAAGUAAGCCAGAACAGAAGCCUAAAGAAGAGCCUACCACGACAAUUAUCGACGACGACGAUGACGACGUGAUGAUCGUCAAAGAAGAUGGUGAAUUGGAGAAACCCACCACAUCGGCCAACACAUCGAGUGGCUCGCUUGGCACCACUGGCGCUAAUGGUAAGGAACAAAAACCGAAGAUCGAAGAGAGUCUCGAAGUGUUAAAACGCAAAUUUAUGUUCAACAUCGCCGAUGGUGGCUUCACCGAGUUACACACUCUCUGGCUGAACGAGGAGAAGGCCGCCGUGCCAGGGCGUGAGUAUGAAAUUUGGCAUCGCCGCCACGACUAUUGGCUGCUGGCGGGCAUUGUCACACAUGGUUACGGCCGCUGGCAAGACAUACAAAACGACAUACGCUUUGCUAUCAUCAAUGAACCUUUCAAAAUGGAUGUUGGUAAAGGAAACUUCUUGGAGAUAAAGAAUAAAUUUUUGGCGCGUCGCUUUAAACUGCUCGAGCAGGCAUUGGUUAUUGAGGAGCAAUUGCGACGCGCAGCAUUCCUUAAUUUGACACAAGAUCCAAAUCAUCCGGCAAUGUCGCUAAAUGCACGCUUCGCUGAAGUCGAAUGUCUCGCCGAGUCGCAUCAGCACUUGAGCAAGGAAUCGCUGGCCGGCAAUAAGCCAGCCAACGCUGUGCUGCACAAAGUGCUCAAUCAGUUGGAGGAGCUGCUGUCCGAUAUGAAGAGCGAUGUUUCGCGUCUACCUGCCACAUUGGCGCGCAUACCACCCGUGGCGCAACGCCUGCAGAUGUCUGAGCGCUCGAUACUCUCGCGCUUGGCUGCCACAGCGGGCAAUACAUCUAAUGCGGCCCAACUAAUGGCGCAGUUUCCAGCCGGUUUCCAAGGCACCACCUUGCCCGCUUUCGCUGGUGGCCCAGCAGGAAAUUUCGCUUCAUUCAGACCACAAUUCUCCGUACCUGGGCAAUUGUCCAGCUCAACUGGCAGCAACGCAACAAACAAUUAAUACAACUUACACUUUUAAUUUUGUGUUUAUGUUAUUUUUU